GUUGCUUGCUUUCCUUCCCUUUUCUUUUCCCUUUUCUCUGGGCUGAUUUUGCGGGAGACGCUCCCCGAGUGCUUAUUCAGACCAGUAUUGCUCUCAACGGAACUACGACCAGAGACCAAGGGAAAUGAUGGACCUUUCUGUUGGUUUACUUUCUUCCAAAGGGCUAUUCACUGCCCAGGUUGUCCUCGGACUAGCCGCAUUCUGUAUUGUCUUGCAUCUCUUCGGGGUUUACUGGAGACUGAGACAUGUCCCCGGCCCAUUCUGGGCAAGGUUUACAAACUUGCAGCGAAUCUCAUGGGUGAACACCAAGCGUGCACAUGAAAUUCAUCAAGCGGUGCAUGAAAAGUAUGGCGAGAUUGUGCAAUUCGGUCCCAAUAUGGUUUCUCUUGCAAAUCCCGAGUGGAUUCCUACAGUAUAUCCAAUUCGACCAGGAUUUCCAAAGAGCAACUUCUAUAGGACUCUAAUGCCGUACACGAAAAAGGGAGGAGCGCUGCCCGCGGUCUUCAAUACCCGUGAUGAAGAGCUCCAUAAGCGAAUCAAGUCGCCCAUUGCACCGCUCUUCUCUCUAUCCAAUGUCUUGCCGUUGGAGAUCUUUGUCAAUAAAACGAUCGCCGUAAUGACAGAGCAACUAGAUCGGCGGUUUGUUGACUCAGAGGCUACCUUUGACCUGGCCGACUGGUUACAGUACUUCGCAUUUGACGUUAUGGGCACUUUGACCUUUUCGAAGAGAUACGGAUUUCUGGAGCAAGGACGCGAUGUUAAUGACAUGUUGAGUACCAUUUGGAGCUACAUGAGUAGGGCAGCACCGAUGACGCAAAUUCCAUGGUUUGAUGAAGUAUGGCAAAAGAAUUCAUUCAUGGCCAUGUUUCAAAAGACUACUGGUUUCUCAAUCCUUGGAAUCGUAGGAAAAUAUAUCGCGGAACGACAAGAGGCACGUAAGUCUCAGAAGGGUAUCGAUAAAGACUUGGGCGAUCGAGACAUGUUGUCUCACUUCUUCGAAAUCCAAGCCACGAACUCUUCUCUCCCACCCUGGUGUGUCACUGCCUGGACUUUCUCGAAUGUGAUCGCUGGGUCGGAUUCUACCGCUGUUGUAAUGAAGACCGUUUGGUAUAACCUUCUAGCUUACCCAGAUACACUGAAUCGACUCCGGGCCGAGUUACUCGAGGCAGAAUCUAAGAAGUCCGGUGGCUUUUCGAAACCAUUCCCCUCUUGGAAGGACGUAUGUGACUUGCCUUAUCUCGAUGCCUGCGUCCUCGAGGGUAUCCGGUUACACCCACCUUUCUGCCUCCCUUUUGAGCGGGUCGUUCCCAAGGGAGGAAUUGUGAUCGGUGGCCAGUAUUUCCCGCAAGGCACUGUGGUCGGAAUGAGCCCCUAUGUGGUGAAUCGCCACAAGCCAACCUUCGGCGAAGAUGCGGAGAUAUGGAACCCGGACCGGUGGAUGGUACCAGAGGAGAAAAAGCGAAAGCUUGAAGCAAGCGUAAUGACCUUUGGUGCUGGGAGACGUGUCUGCCUCGGACGUCACGUCGCUCUCCUAGAACUGAAAAAGAUUGUCCCAGCUUUGCUCCUUCGAUAUGAGUUUGAACUGGUUGAUGCCAAGAGAUACAAGGUUGAGAACUCAUGGUUCUUUCGACAGUACGGAAUGGACGUCAAGGUCAAGCAGAGGCUGCAACAGUAGAUUAUCAUGCUGCCUAAUCUCACCACGGAUGGGGCAGACUAUCAUGAGGAUGAGUAAGUGAAAGAUCGAAUAUAUGAUCUGAAGACGUUUCCAUUGGAUUUUAGCCUGAGGAGGGGGGGCCGUUUUUCAAUCUUUAUCCAGAUGCAGCUAUCAAAAUGAAC